UCAACCGCGACUCGAACAGUCAGCUUCAUCGGAGGCCGUACACCGACCGCUGGUCUUAACAAUUCAGCUCCUUUCAUACAUGUCGCAUUUGUGCGGAAGGUUUAAAGCGAGCAGUUUAUCUCCCCCCCUGUGAGUCGGAGCUCCGCCAGGACGCGUUUUCUGUUUGGAUCAUUUACAGUAGAGCGGAUGAGCGCUUCCGCCUUGGCUAUAGCCGUGCUGUCACAGCGGGAGGAUGAACAACCAGAGAUGUAGCACUUUAUUUCAGAAACCAAGAGGACGGACGAGCAUUAUUCAAUGUAUCUAUGUGGUGGGCUUCAUGGACUUGUUUGGGGUGAGCAUGAUCAUCCCGCUGCUGAGCCAUCAUGUGAAAGCUCUUGGAGCAAGUCCCACUGUGGCUGGGAUCGUAGGGUCGACAUAUGGGAUCUUACAGCUCUUCUCAAGCACAAUAGUUGGCAGCUGGAGUGAUGUGGUGGGACGGCGGUACUCUCUGCUGACCUGUCUGCUGCUGAGUGCUAUAGGCUACGGCCUGCUCGGGAUGUCCACCAGCAUCGCUUUGUUUGUCCUCGCACGGAUACCUGUCGGGCUGUUCAAGCACUCCCUGUCCAUCUGCAGAGCCCUGCUGUCUGACCUGGUGUCUGAGUCAGAGCGCCCUCUGGUGAUGGGACACUUCAAUGCAGCCUCCAGUGUUGGCUUCAUCCUGGGUCCGGUGGUGGGUGGCUACCUCACGGAGCAUGAAGGUGGCUUUUAUACCUCCUCUUUUACCUGUGCAGCCAUCUUCAUUAUUAAUGCAGGGCUGGUAUGGAUGCUACCAUGGAGCGAGACGCUAAUUCACCGUAAUGAAACUAACGCCAGCAACAACGCAAGUAAAGGUUGUCAUGAUAACAACUGCAGUAAGUCUGUUCUCAAUGGCUCUCAUGCAAAUAGUCACCACCCAGUGUUGGCUGCAGAGAAUGAUCCAGGCUCCAGAGCGGCAGGGAGUCACCGAGGUGGUCUCAGGUGGAGGGAGUUCUCUCUGCUCCAGCCUGCCUGGAGACAGCUGUCUUCAGUGGGCUCCAAGAUCCACAUGGUGGCCUCUUCUGACAUGUGGGACCUCUUCCUGGUGCGUCUUCUGAUGGCCAUAGCUAUCAUGCUUUACUACAGUAACUUCUCUCUGGCAAUGGAGGAGCGUUUCUCACUUAAACCAAAGGUGACAGGUUAUCUGAUCAGCUAUAGCAGCACCUUAGGGGCCCUUGCUGGGUUCUUGGUGGGGCCGGUCACCCAGCUGUAUGGGAAUAAUAUGCCUGCUCUGCUCCUUCACUCCACAGUUCUCACCUGUUCACUAAUUUUACUCUAUGCUGCCGCGCCCAGUGUGUGGCAGGUGCUGCUCACCUCCACCUUCUUUGCCAUUUCCACCACUAUUGGACGGACAUGCAUCACAGAUCUGGAGCUGCAGAGAGGAGGGGUCCAGGCCAGUGGGACUCUGAUUGGAGCCGGGCAGUCAGUCACAGCUGUUGGUCGAGUCCUGGCCCCUCUUCUCUCUGGUCUGGCCCAGGAGUUCAGCCCUUGUGGUCCCCCCAGUCUGGGAGUGAUCCUUGCUCUUGCGGCUGUAGGUUUACUGCUCAUCAGGAUCCCCAAAUGGGACGGGAGAGGGAUGACAAAAACAGCCAAACUCUGAGUAACUGGAUGAAUUUAGAAUUUAUGAAAAUCAAUGCAAAUCUACCACACAGAGACGUGCUCUUAUUUGUUGGCCAGCUGUGAUGAUGUCCAGCAGACUCAUAGUGGGAGCGAUGUUUCCUGCUCAAAAUGCCAAAUGUGUCCGCAGAUGUGACUGCACCACAGGGUCAAAAUGGCUCGUCACCACCAGCACUGCAGUCCUUCUCUCAGGAAGCAUCAAGCGCAGCAUCGAGUGUGAAGUAAGGGCUGGGAAGUUUCAUCUGCUUCCCCCUGCGCUGAAGUUUAAUCGUACAGAAACAUGUGGGCCUUGUUUUGGCACAUACUACUUGGGAAAGCUUUGCUGGAAACAAUUCACACUUUAAUGUUAUUUUCUAACCACUGCAUUGUCCAGAGUCAGCCUGGUGAUGAUAAUGAUGUUGAUGAUGAUGUUCACUACAAGUCAAAAUCACUUUUACUGCUUUAUCAAAAUACAAUAACAAGAUGAUCCUCCUUUUACAUUCCAGGCAGUUAUGCUUCAGACAUUCAUAAAUGAGCUAUAGUUGCUGUGGGGAAAUCACGCUACCUGACUGUCCCAAAGUAGAUCAGACUGUUAAGUAAUAAUAAUAAUAAUUAACACUUUUUACCUCAAAGCCAGUUGUUUCACCUAAUGCACUGCAUCGGAAAUUCUUCCUUCCGCGUUAUAUGAG